AGAAUGAUGUGAUGGAGAGAAAUAUGGGCCAUUGGUCAGGUCCUUUGGCCCCUGUGUUCGGCCCUGCCUUCUUGCUCGCUCAGCUUUUUGCCAACGUUUGCCAUGGCCUUCAAGGGACAGCCCCACUUGGCUUCCACUUCACACAUUCCAUGUACAAUGCUACAGUGUACGAAAACUCUGCUGCGAGGACCUAUCUUAACAGUCAAAGUAGGAUGGGUAUCACCAUGGCAGACCUCUCAUGGGAUAUCAAAUACAGGAUAGUGUCUGGUGAUGAGGAGGGCUUUUUCAAAGCAGAGGAAGUUGUGAUAGCUGAUUUCUGUUUUCUUAGGAUAAGAACUAAAGGUGGGAAUUCUGCUAUAUUAAACAGAGAGAUUCAGGACAACUAUUUAUUGAUAGUAAAGGGCUCUGUCCGAGGAGAAGACUUGGAAGCAUGGACAAAAGUGAACAUACAAGUUUUAGACAUGAACGAUUUACGGCCGCUAUUUUCACCCACCACCUAUUCGGUAACAAUAGCAGAAAGCACUCCUUUAAGAACUAGCAUUGCACAGGUCACAGCGACGGACGCCGACAUUGGUUCCAAUGGUGAAUUCUAUUACUACUUCAAAAAUAAAGUUGACCUCUUCUCUGUCCAUCCGACUAGUGGCGUUAUCUCUUUAAGCGGACGGUUAAACUAUGAUGAGAAAAGCCGGUAUGACCUUGAAGUUCUGGCUGUAGACCGUGGAAUGAAACUUUAUGGUAAUAAUGGAGUAAGCAGCACUGCCAAACUUUAUAUUCACAUUGAUCGUAUCAAUGAAUAUGCCCCGACUCUCAGCAUAGUAACCCAUAUUCCCUUCUCUUUGGAUAAGGAGCCUACCUACGCAGUUGUUAAUGUUGAUGAUCUCGAUGAAGGUGCCAAUGGUGAAAUUGAAUCUGUCACUAUUGUUGCUGGAGAUCCCUUGGAAUACUUUGUUUUGACUAAAGAGGGUAGAUGGAUGAACGAGUAUAAAAUCAAAGAGAGAAAGCCCAUCGAUUGGGACAAUUUUCCCUAUGGUUGCAACCUCACUCUCCAAGCUAAGGACAAGGGGUCCCCGCAGAAGUUUUCAGCUGUCAAGCUGGUCCAUAUUGCUGGUCCCAAGAGAGAAAGCAACCCGGCAAAGUUUGAAAAGGAAACGUAUGAUGUGGCCAUCAGUGAAUUCUCUCCUCCAGGAGUAGUUGUUGCCAUAGUAAAGCUAACCCCAGAACCUCAGGGGGAAGAAUAUAAAUUGUCACCUAGUGAGGAUGCUGAGUAUUUUAAGAUUAAUCCCAGGACAGGUUUAAUUACUACUGCACACCCUUUAAAAAUUGUUGACAAGGAAUUUUAUGAUUUAGAAGUAAUAAGUAAAGAAGGGGACUUAAAAGCACAUGUCACUGUCAGGAUAGAGGACGCCAACGACCACAUUCCAGAGUUCGCACAGCCUUCGUACAGCUCCUAUGUCAAUGAAAGUGUCCCCGUGGGGAGUAGCAUUUUGUCAGUUUCUGCAUUUGAUAAGGACAGGGGAGAAAACGGCUACAUCACGUACAGCAUUGCUAGUUUAAAUUCACUUCCUUUUUCCAUCAACCAAUUUACUGGGAUUAUUAGCACGUCUGAAGAAUUGGAUUUUGAGUCUUCCCCAGAGAGCUACAGGUUUAUUGUCAGGGCUUCAGACUGGGGUUCACCUUACCGCCACGAGAGCGAGGUUAAUGUCACAAUCUACGUAGGCAACGUGAACGAUAACAAGCCCUUAUUUGAAAAGGUGGCUUGUCAGGGAGUCAUUUCAUCUGAUUUCCCUGUUGGUGGCCACAUCACUGCCGUUUCUGCUAUUGACAUAGAUGAGCUGGAACUUGUCAAAUACAAAAUAAUCUCUGGUAAUGAACUGGGGUUUUUCUAUCUGAACCCAGAAUCGGGGGUUCUGCAGCUUAAAAAGUCCUUGGUUAAUGCUGGCGUCAAGAACAAUAAUUUUGGACUCAGAAUUACGGCAACUGAUGGGGAGAAUUUUGCAGACUCCAUGUCUGUGAACAUUUCAGUGGUUCAUGGGAAAGUAUCUUCCAAGACCUUCAGUUGCCGAGAGACUAGGGUUGCCCAGAGGCUGGCGGAGAAGUUGCUCAAAAAGGCAAAAGCCAAUGUGAAGCUAAAUUCAGAAGAUGGCUUCUUGGAUUUUUAUUCUGUGAACAGGCAGGCCCCACACUUUGAUAAAUCAUUUCCUACUGAUAUAUCAGUCAGAGAGGACCUUCCUGUUGGUGCUACCAUAUUUAGAAUCAAGGCCUAUGAUGCUGAUUCUGGCUUUAAUGGAAAAGUAGUCUAUACCGUAUCAGAUGGCAAUACGGAUAGCUGCUUUAAUCUUGAAAUGGAGACAGGGCUACUUAAGGUCCUUAUGCCCAUGGACCGUGAGAAAACAGAGCUAUAUCUCCUUAACAUAACCAUUUAUGAUUUAGGAAGCCCUCAGAAAGCCAUGUGGAGAUUACUUACCAUAACUAUCGAGGACGCUAAUGAUAACAGGCCCAUAUUUUUACAGGAAAGUUACUCGGUUAAUAUUUUGGAAAGCACAAGUAUUGGUACAGAGAUUAUCCAAGUAGAGGCCAGGGACAGAGACCUGGGACCAAAUGGUGCAGUCACUUACUCCAUAUUGACAGAUACACAACAGUUUGUUAUCAAUAGCUCAACAGGUGUAAUGUAUGUAGGUGACCAUUUAGACAGGGAAUCAAAGGCAAAUUAUACAUUAAAGAUAGAGGCGAGGGACAGGGCAGAUAGUGGGCACCAGAAAUUUUCCGUCAUUCCUCUAAGGGUGUUUUUGGAUGAUGUCAAUGAUUGUUCUCCAGCUUUCAUACCACCCAGCUAUAGUGUGAAGGUUCUGGAGGAUCUACCUGUUGGUACUGUCAUUGCUUGGCUUGAAACUCAAGACCCAGAUCUUGGUCUGGGAGGACAAGUCCGCUAUUCCCUGGUGAAUGAUUACAAUGGGAGAUUUGAGAUAGACAAGGCCAGUGGAGCUAUCCGGCUGAGCAAAGAGCUGGACUAUGAGAAGCAACAGUUCUACAACCUGACGGUGCGCGCAAAGGAUAAAGGACGCCCGGUUUCGCUAUCCUCUGUUUCCUUUGUGGAAGUGGAAGUUGUGGAUGUGAAUGAAAAUCUCUACACCCCUUAUUUUUCUGACUUUGCUGUCAUUGGAUCUGUAAAAGAAAAUUCGCGCAUUGGAACUAGUGUUUUGCAAGUGAUCGCUCGGGAUGACGAUGUGGGCAGGGACGGUGAGAUCCAGUAUUCCAUCCGGGAUGGCAGUGGACUGGGAAGGUUUAAUGUUGACGAAGAAACUGGAGUUAUAUACACUGCAGAUGUCCUAGAUCGAGAGACAACCCAGUCUUACUGGCUAACCAUGUACGCAACAGAUCGAGGUGUAGUCCCCCUUUACACCACCAUUGAAGUCUACAUAGAAGUCGAAGAUGUGAAUGACAACGCCCCGUUAACUUCGGAACCCAUUUACUACCCAUCAGUUCUGGAAAACUCCCCCAAGGAUGUAUCAGUUAUCCAAAUCCAGGCUCAGGAUCCCGAUUCCAGCCCAAAUGAGAAGAUGAGCUAUCGGAUUACCAGUGGGAACCCCCAGAAUUUCUUCAUCAUCAAUCCAAAAACAGGUCUCAUAACCACAACGUCAAGAAAACUGGAUCGAGAACAGCAGGCAGAACAUUUUCUUGAGGUUACAGUAACAGAUGGAGGUGUCUCCCCCAGGCAGUCUACAGUCUGGUUGGUAGUUCAGGUUCUGGAUGAAAACGACAACAAGCCCCAGUUCCCCGAGAAAGUCUAUCAGAUCAAGUUGCCUGAAAGAGACCGCAAGAAGAGAGGGGAGCCCAUCUACCGAGCCUUCGCCUUUGACAAGGAUGAUGGUCCUAAUGCGGAAAUCUCCUACAGCAUUGUGGAUGGGAACGACGACGGGAAGUUUUUCAUUGACCCAAAGACUGGAAUGGUGUCUUCCAGGAAGCAGUUCACAGCUGGGAGCUAUGAUAUAUUAACCAUAAAAGCCGUUGACAAUGGCAGGCCGCAGAAAUCUUCGACCGCACGCCUGCACAUUGAGUGGAUUAAGAAACCGUCACCAUCACCGAUCCCGCUGACUUUCGACGAGCCCUUCUACAACUUCACCGUCAUGGAAAGCGACCGAGUGACUGAAAUCGUCGGUGUGGUCUCCGUGCAGCCGGCCAACAUCCCUCUGUGGUUUGACAUUGUCGGUGGCAAGCAUGCGCGAGAGAUGUUCUAUAUCCUACAGACAGCUUGUGGGCAGAACUGUUCGACAGAAGGCGGGAAUUUUGAUAGCUCUUUCGAUGCGGAUAAAGGCGUUGGGACCAUUGUCAUCGCAAAGCCCUUAGACGCGGAGCAGAGAUCGGUAUACAACAUGACUGUGGAGGUCACCGAUGGAACAAAUGUGGCAGGCACUCAGGUGCUAAUAAAAGUGUUGGACAAUAACGAUAACGGUCCAGAAUUUUCCCAUCCAAGUUACGACGUGACCAUCUCCGAAGAUAUCCUCCUGGACACCGAGAUACUGCAAGUGGAAGCCAUCGACAGAGACGAGAAACACAAGCUCAGUUACAUCAUCCACAGCAGCAUAGACUCAGUCAGCCUGAGGAAGUUCAGAAUGGAUCCCAAUACGGGAGUGCUGUACACCGCCGAGCGUUUAGACCACGAAGCUCAAGAUAAGCACAUCCUGAAUGUAAUGGUUCGUGACCAAGAGUUUCCUUAUCGACGGAACUUGGCCAGGGUCAUUGUCAAUGUGGAGGAUUCCAACGAUCACAGCCCCUAUUUUACCAGCCCUUUGUAUGAAGCCUCCGUGUUUGAGUCAGCGGCCCUCGGAUCUGCAGUUUUGCAGGUCACUGCACUGGACAAAGACAAAGGAGAAAACGCAGAGCUGAUCUACUUUAUAGAAUCAGGGAACACUGGAAAUACGUUCAGGAUUGACCCAGUUCUUGGCAUCAUCACAGUGCUGAAAGAACCAGAUUUGACCACGAUGGGCCAGUUUGUUUUAUCAGUCAAGGUGACUGACCAGGGUUCCCCACCAUUAUCAGCCACGGCGAUCGUCCGCAUAUCUGUGACUAUGUCAGACAAUUCCCACCCCAAAUUCUCACACAAGGAAUGGCAAGCUGAAGUGAACGAAAACGUGGACUUUGGGACUUCGGUCAUCAUGGUCUCUGCAAUCAGCCAGUCCACACUAGUUUAUGAGGUCAAGGACGGUAAUAUCGAUGGAGCCUUUGUCAUAAACCCCUACUCAGGAGUCAUCACUACUCAAAAGCCACUUGAUUAUGAGCGCACUUCUUCUUACCAGCUCACUGUGCAAGCCAUGAACAUGGCAGGAAUGGCAUCAAAUGUCACCGUGAACAUCCAAAUUGUGGAUGAAAAUGACAACCCUCCCAUCUUUCUCUUCUCGCAGUACAAGGGCACCAUCAGUGAAGCUGCUCCUAUAAACAGCAUCGUCCGGAGUUUAGGAAAUAAUCCCCUUGUGAUACGAGCCACCGACGCUGACAGCAAUCAGAAUGCUUUGUUGGUUUAUCAGAUUGUUGAGUCCACCGCUAAGAAGUAUUUCACGGUAGACUCCAGCACGGGUGCCAUUAGAACCAUCGCUGAUUUAGAUCACGAAACUAUCGCCCACUUCCAUUUCCAUGUCCACGUGCGAGACAGUGGCAAUCCACAGCUUACUGCCGAAAGUCCAGUCGAAGUUACUAUUGAUGUAACAGAUGUCAAUGAUAACCCUCCGGUUUUCAGUCAAGCUAUGUUUGAGACCAUCUUACUUCUACCCACUUACGUUGGGGUCGAGGUUCUCAAAGUCAAGGCUGCCGACCCAGAUUCGGAAGUCCCGCCUGAAAUGACUUACAGCCUGAUUGAAGGUAACAUGGAACACUUUGUAAUUGAUUCUACUUCUGGUGUACUGACUAUAAGAAACAACAGCCUUUCCAAAGAUCAUUAUAUGCUCAUAGCAAAAGUGUCUGAUGGGAAAUUCUAUAGUACUGCUGUAGUGACCAUCAUGGUCAAAGAAGCCAUGGACAGUGGUCUCCACUUUACCCAAAGCCUUUAUUCUACAUCCAUCUCAGAAAACAGCACCAAUAUCACACAGGUGGCAGUGGUCAAUGCUGUUGGAAGCCGCCUUAAUGAGCCCUUGAAAUACAGCAUAUUGAACCCAGGGAACAAAUUCAAGAUCAAACCCACCUUGGGUGUCAUUCAAACUACCGGCAUCCCGUUUGACAGAGAAGAACAGGAAUUGUACGAGCUGGUGGUAGAGGCUAGCCGUGAACUGGACCAGCUACGGGUUGCCAGGGUGGUUGUCAGAGUUCACAUUGAAGACAUCAAUGACAAUGCUCCCGUGUUUAUCGGGCUUCCAUAUUAUGCUGCCGUGCAAGUUGAGGCUGACCCAGGCACCCUGAUAUACCGAGUCACUGCCAUUGAUAAAGAUAAGGGUGCAAACGGCGAUGUAUCUUACCUGCUGAAGGAGGACUACGGGCACUUCGAAAUCGACUGGCAUACUGGCAGUGUCACCUUAAAAGCAGUCUUUAACUCCGAUUUAUCUAACAUAGAGUAUUUAAUUAUUGUCGUCGCUAAAGAUGGAGGCAAUCCGUCACUGUCUGCUUCUGUAGAAUUACCUAUUACCAUAGUCAACAAAGCGAUGCCUGUUUUUGACAAGCCCUUCUACACGGCCUCUGUAAAUGAAGAUGUGGAAAUGCAUACCCCAGUCCUGAGCAUCAACGCGACCAGUCCAGAAGGCCAAGGGAUCAUUUACAUCAUUGUGGACGGAGAUCCAUAUAAUCAGUUCAACAUUGAUUUUGAUACUGGAGUCCUCAGCGUCAUCAGCCCAUUAGACUAUGAAGUCAACCCCAUUUUCAAGCUCACGGUGAGAGCCAGCGAUGCCCUCACUGGUGCCCGAGCCGAGGUCACUGUGGACUUAAUUAUUAAUGACGUCAACGACAACGCUCCCAUUUUUGACCACUUCGCAUAUAAUGCCACCUUGACAGAAGCAUCUUUGAUUGGCACGCCCGUCCUGCACGUUGUUGCCACGGAUGCAGAUUCAGAGAACAACAAAAUCAUCCAAUAUCAAAUAGUCCAGGACACUUUCAACAGCACAGAUUAUUUUCAUAUCGAUGGCACAAGUGGGCUGAUCCUAACAGCCCGCUUACUGGACCAUGAAGUGCUGCAGCAGUGCAGUUUGAAAGUCAGGGCAACAGAUAACGGAUUCCCACCUCUGAGCAGUGAAGUUCUCGUCAGCAUUUCUGUGACUGACAUGAAUGACAACCCUCCAGUCUUCAACCAGUUGAUAUAUGAAUCAUAUGUCAGUGAGCUCGCUCCACGGGGUCAUUUUGUGACUUGCGUCCAAGCCUCUGAUGCAGACAGCUCUGAUUUCGACCGGUUGGAGUACAGUAUCUUGUCUGGGAAUGACCGCACAAGUUUUGUAAUGGACAGUAAGAGUGGAGUGAUCACCCUGUCAAACCAUCGGAAGCAGAGGAUGGAGUCAAUGUACAGUUUGAAUGUCUCUGUCUCUGACGGGUUGUUCACAAGCACAGCCCAGGUUCAUAUAUACAUUCUCGGAGCUAAUUUAUACAGCCCUGUCUUCACACAGAGUAUUUACGUGGCAGAGGUUCGAGAAAAUGCUCCCCCUGGAACCAAAGUAAUCCACGUAAAAGCAACUGAUGGAGAUUCAGGCAUAUAUGGGCAAAUAAGCUACUCAAUUAUGAAUGAUUUUGCCAAGGAUCGUUUUUUAAUUGAUAACAACGGACAGAUAAUUACCACUGAGAAACUUGAUCGGGAGAUUCCUUUAGAAGGCGAUAUCACCAUAUCUUUGAGAGCCCACGAUGGAGGGGGGAGAGUGACCUUCUGUACUGUGCGUGUCAUUGUGGGGGAUGAGAACGACAAUGCUCCCCAGUUUAUGACGGUGGAAUACAGGGCAAGUGUCAAAGCAGAUGUUGGGAGAGGUCACCUGGUCACUCAAGUGCAAGCAGUUGACUUGGACGACGGUGCAAAUGCACGAAUCGCCUAUUCUUUGUACAGCGAAGCCUCGGUUUCCGUUGCAGACCUGCUGGAAAUUGAUCCCGACAACGGAUGGAUGGUCACCAAGGGGAAUUUUAACCAGCUAAAAAACACAGUGCUCUCCUGCUUUGUCAAAGCUGUCGAUGGGGGCAUUCCCGUAAGGCAUUCCCUUAUCCCCGUGUACAUUCAUGUGUUACCUCCUGAAACAAUCUUGCCUUCAUUUUCCCAACCGCAGUAUUCCUUCACAGUAUCAGAAGACACGCUGAUAGGUAGCACUAUUGAUGUUCUGCACGUUUUGCCUAAUGAAGGUGCCACGUAUAGCACAGUGAACGGUGAACUGCCUGAAAACAACAAGGACGGUGUUUUCCUCAUCGAGCGAGACACAGGCAUCAUAAAACUAGACAAAAGACUCGACCAUGAGGCAACUCCUGUCUUUCACUUUAAAGCUGCAGCAACUAUACAGCUAGGCAAAGUGGACAUAGUGUUAACUGUGGAUGUGGACAUUAAAAUUUUGGACGUCAAUGACAACAAACCUGUGUUUGACACAGCCAGCUACGAGGCCAUCAUAAUGGAAGGGAUGCCAAUAGGGACAAAGCUUCUCCAGGUCAAAGCAGCCGAUGCGGAUUGGGGGGCCAACGGUCAAGUGACAUAUUCUCUCUUAGCAGAAUCGGAGGCUGACAAAAUCACAGAGACUUUCGCCAUUGAUAGCAACAGUGGCUGGAUCAGCACAUUGAAAGACCUGGACCAUGAGGCAGACCCAACGUUCACCUUCACAGUGGUGGCUGCAGACCUGGGAGAAACCCUGUCCCUCUCAUCCGCCACUUUGAUCUCUGUCACGGUGACAGACAUCAAUGAUAAUGCUCCUGCAUUUGACCAUGAGAUAUACCAUGGGUCUGUGAAAGAGAGUGACUCUCCGGGUGAAGUCGUUGCCGUUUUGAGCACUUGGGACGAGGACACAUCUGAUGUCAAUCGUCAAGUUAGCUACCAUAUUACAGGAGGGAACCCUAAAGGAAAGUUUGCUCUUGGCCUGGUUCAGAACGAAUGGAAGGUUUACGUCAAGAGGUCACUAGAUCGAGAAGAGCAGGACAUCUAUCUUCUGAACAUUACAGCCACCGAUGGGCUGUUCGUAACUCAGACUGCAGUAGAAGUGAUAGUCACAGAUGUUAACGACAACAGCCCUGUCUGUGAUCAGGUUACAUACAUGGCAGUAUUUCCUGAAGACAUCCCACCAAAUAAAGUCAUCCUUAAAUUCGGCGCCAAAGACGCAGACAUUGGAUCCAGCGGUGAAAUUCGGUAUUCGCUGUAUGGCUCUGGGAAUAGCAAGUUCUUCCUAGAUCCGGAAACUGGGGAACUGAAAACUUCAGCCCCGCUAGACCGUGAGAAGAUCCCUGUUUACAACCUAAUCGCAAGGGCAAGUGAUGGGGGAGGCAGAUUCUGUCAGUCCGAAAUUCGUCUUAUUCUGGAGGAUGUCAACGAUAAUCCCCCUGCCUUUUCCUCCGAUCACUACACGGCGUGCAUCUAUGAGAACACGGCCACUAAAGCUCUGCUAACAAGAGUCCAAGCCAAUGACCCUGAUGUUGGUGUGAAUAGGAAGAUUGUCUAUUCCCUCGCUGACUCUUCAGAAGGCUUUUUCUCUGUGGACAAGGCUUCAGGGAUCAUAAUUUUGGAACAUCCACUGGACAGAGAACUCCAGCCUUCCUACAACAUCACCAUUAAAGCCUCUGACCAGGGCACUGUGCAGACCCUGUCUGCAUUUGCCACCGUUACAAUUACAGUUCUGGACAUUAACGACAAUCCUCCGGUCUUUGAAAGAAGAGAUUAUCUCGUCACGGUGCCUGAGGACACCUCACCCAGCGCUGAGAUUCUUUCUGUCUUUGCCACAAGCAAAGAUAUUGGUACCAAUGCAGAGAUCACCUACCUCAUCCGGUCUGGGAAUGAAAAGGCGAAAUUCAGGAUCAAUUCAACAACAGGGUCCGUAUCUGUAGUCGAAGCUCUGGACUAUGAAUCGUGUAAGGAUUUCUACCUAGUUGUCGAAGCCAAAGACGGGGGCAGCCCGGCGUUAAGUGCAGUGACAACAGUGAAUAUCAAUGUGACAGACAUUAAUGACAAUGCACCGAGGUUCAGCCAAGAAGUCUAUAGUGCCGUCAUCAGUGAGGAUGCCUCCGUCGGUGAUUCGGUGAUCACGUUGAUAGCUGAAGACCUGGACAGUCCUCCCAAUGGCCAGAUUCAUUUUUCUAUCAUCAAUGGAGAUCGGGACAAUGAAUUUUCAAUUGAUCCCAGCUUAGGACUGAUAAAGGUUAAAAAGAGAUUGGACCGAGAGCGGGUGUCCGGGUAUUCAUUAGUCAUUCAAGCAAGAGACAGCGGCGUUCUUUCUUUGUCGGCAUCUGUAACGGUCAACGUCGACAUUUCAGACGUGAACGAUAACAGCCCCACAUUUACCCCUGCCAACUACACAGCUGUGAUUCAAGAAAACAAACCGGUGGGAACGAGCAUUUUGCAGCUGGUGGUGACAGACAAAGACUCCCUACACAACGGGCCCCCUUUCACCUUCUCCAUCUUGGCGGGCAACGAAGAGGAGGAUUUCACAUUAGACCAACAAGGCGUCUUGCGUUCAGCAGUGGUCUUCAAGCUCAUGGUAGCGACCGAAUAUGUGCUCUGCGUUCAGGCAAAGGAUUCUGGGAAGCCUCAGCAGUCAUCCCAGACCUACAUACAGAUCCGAGUGAUUGACGAAAGCAUCCACAAGCCAACAGCCAUUCCUCUGGAGAUCUUUAUCAUCACCAUGGAGGACGACUUCCCCGGUGGCGUGAUUGGGAAGAUCCACGCGACGGACCAGGAUAUGUACGACAUCCUCACGUAUGGCCUAAAGCCGGAGCAGAAGAGUUUGUUCAAGGUCAACCACCAUGAUGGGAAGAUCAUCGCUCUCGGAGGGUUGGAUAGCGGGAAGUACGUCCUGAACGUGUCCGUGAGCGACGGGCGGUUCCAGGUGCCCAUGGACGUGACGGUCCACGUGGAGCAGCUGGUGCAAGAAAUGCUGCAGAACACGGUCACCAUCCGCUUCGAGAACAUCUCCCCCGAGGAUUUUGUAGGGCUCCACAUGCACGGGUUCAGGCGCACCUUGCGCAACGCCGUCCUCACCCAGAAGCAAGACAGCCUGCACAUCAUCAGCAUUCAGCCCGUAGCCGGCACCGCUCAGCUUGACAUGCUGUUUGCCGUUCAGUUGCACGCCGGCGGUUUCUAUAAGCCAGCCUACUUGAUCCAGAAGCUCACCAAUGCAAGGCGACACUUGGAAAAUGUCAUUCGCAUCUCCGCCAUCCUGGAAAAGAACUGCUCGGGGAUGGACUGUCAGGAACAGCACUGCGAGCAAAGCCUGUCCAUCGAUUCCCAUUCUCUGAUGACCUACAGCACGGCGCGGAUUAGUUUUGUGUGUCCCCGCUUCUACCGAAACGUGCGCUGCUCUUGCGACGGAGGGUUGUGUCCUGGUUCCAGUGAUCCUUGUACCGACAAGCCCUGCCCUGGAGAUAUGCAGUGCGUGGGCUACGAAAUCAACCGAAGGCCUUUCAUCUGCCAGUGCCCUCCUGGGAAGCUCGGGGAGUGCUCAGGACACACUUCCCUUAGCUUUGCCGGGAACAGUUACAUCAAAUACCGGGUUUCUGAAAAUAGCAAGAAGGAGGAAUUCAAGUUGGCCCUGCGUCUGCGGACUCUGCAGAGCAAUGGGAUUAUCAUGUACACCCGAGCAAAUCCCUGUAUAAUUCUGAAGAUCGUGGACGGCAAGCUGUGGUUCCAGCUGGACUGCGGUACCGGCCCGGGUAUCCUGGGAAUUUCCGGCAGGGCUGUCAAUGAUGGGAGCUGGCACUCGGUCUUCCUCGAGCUGAAUCGGAACUUCACCAGCCUGUCUCUGGACGACAGUUACGUGGAACGACGCAAGGCCCCGCUCUACUUCCAGACGCUGAGCACCGACAGCUCAGUUUACUUCGGCGCCCAGGUACAAGUGGAUAACGUCCGCGGCCUGACAGACAAGAGGACCACGCAGGUCUUGAGCGGUUUUCAGGGCUGCCUGGAUUCCGUCAUCCUGAACAACAACGAGCUGCCGCUGCAAAACAAGCGCAGCACCUUUGCCGAAGUGGUCGGCCUGACGGAGCUGAAGCUCGGCUGCGUGCUGUAUCCCGAUGCCUGCGAGAGGAGCCCCUGCCAGAACGGAGGGACUUGCACAAGUGUGCCAUCUGGUGGUUACCAGUGCAGUUGCCUGUCUCAGUUCACAGGCCGCAACUGCGAGUCAGAGAUCACCGCCUGCUUUCCGAAUCCUUGCCGCAACGGAGGGUCGUGCGAUCCCAUCAGCAGCGCCUUCAUCUGCAGUUGCAAGAACGGGUUGACAGGAGUGACGUGUGAAGAAGAUAUUAAUGAAUGUGAGAGAGAGGAGUGUGAAAAUGGUGGCUCUUGCGUCAAUGUCUUUGGCUCGUUUUUGUGUAACUGCACUCCUGGGUAUGUGGGCCAGCACUGUGGGCUGAGGCCAGUGGUGGUCCCCAACAUCCAGGCCGGACAUUCUUACGUGGGCAAAGAAGAGCUGAUCGGCAUCGCUGUGGUCCUUUUCGUCAUCUUUGUGCUGGUAGUCCUCUUCGUCGUGUUCCGCAAGAAAGUCUUCCGGAAGAACUAUUCCCGUAACAAUAUCACCUUGGUCCAAGACCCGGCCACAGCCGCACUGCUUCACAAAAGCAACGGGAUUCAGUUUAAAAACAUGAGGAACAGCGGGGAUGGUCGCAACAUCUACCAAGAGGUGGGGCCCCCUCAGGUCCCCGUGAGGCCGAUGGCCUACACCCCUUGCUUUCAAAGUGACUCCAGAAAUAACCUGGACAAGAUAGUGGACGGGCUCGGGGUGGAGCAUCAGGAGAUGACAACUUUCCAUCCAGAGUCUCCCCGGAUCCUGACCGCGAGGCGGGGGGUUGUGGUGUGCAGCGUGGCUCCCAACCUACCGGCUGUGUCUCCGUGCCGCUCGGAUUGUGACUCCAUCAGGAAGACCUGGGAAAACGGCACUGAAGGCAAAGAAGUUGAUGACGCUGAAGAAGUUACCUGUUUCUCAGGAAGUAAUAAAGGCAGCAAUUCUGAAGUUCAGUCGCUCAGCUCUUACCAGUCGGACUCCGGUGACGAUAAUGCUUCCAUAGUGACUGUCAUACAGCUUGUCAACAAUGUAGUUGACACUAUAGAAAACGAAGUUACUGGUAUCGAUCAAGGACAGAGCUACAACAGAGCUUAUCACUGGGACACCUCUGACUGGAUGCCGAGCGCUCGCUUAUCUGACAUUGAGGAAGUGCCCAAUUAUGAGACAGCAGAUGGCAGCUCGGUGCAUCACGGGAGCACGAGAGAACUGGAAACAGAUUAUUACCUUGGUGGUUACGAUAUUGACAGUGACUACCCACCGCCACACGAGGAGGAGUUUUUAAACCAGGACCAGUUACCGCCUCCUCUCCCGGAGGACUACCCAGACCACUACGAAGCACUUCCCCCCUCGCAGCCAAUCUCCAUGGCCAGCACACUUAGCCCGGAUUGUCGGCGACGGCCACAGUUCCACCCGAGCCAGUACCUCCCUCCGCAUCAGUUUCCCAGUGAAAUGGACAACGGCGGCUCUCAGACUGGGAAUGAAUUUAGUACUUUUGGUGUUGGCCCGGGACCAAGUACGGAAAACAUUAAUGCAACAAAGAAGCCCUUGUCCUUACACAAUUCCCUGGACGCGUCCUCGUCUGAUGUUUCGGUGGGCUGCGGCUUUGAUGACUCGGAGGUCGCCAUGAGCGACUACGAAAGCAUCGAAGAGCUCUGUCUGGAUCACCAUCACAUGCACAUUCCCUUUGUGGAGACCCAUCACCAGACUCAAGUGUGAAGGAACUGGUUUUGUUGAUGUUGUUGUUAUUGUUGUUUGGUCCCAUUCAUAGCAUAACUGUUAAGAACAAAUUUUUUUUGCUAAGAAAAUAGAUUUCUCUCAAUAUAUAUAUAUAUAUUGGGCCAGGCAGAAAUAUAACAUAACCCAUUUUUAACCCUGUCAAGAAAUUGGUACUGUACAUGCACGUACAAAGAGGCGAAAGGUCUUCCC